AAUGAUUUGAAAAUGAUGGUAUUCCAUCAGCAAGCAGCCCAUGCAUGGACAAACUUGCGUGUUUCAAAGCUGCGUUACAAGGCAAUACUUCUUAUUACAAUACUGUAAUUCAGAAGACACAAAACACGCCACGAAACCACGCGCGUCACGCUCAUCUGGAAGUUGAUGCAACGAACCUAAUGACGUAACUGACGCCCUACCAUGCACAACGGAAAUUGAGCCAGGUAUGAAUCUCACUGUAGCUAGCUUUGAUUGGUCAGUUUAUUGAGACGAUCCGGACGCUGCUAUUGACAAACUGUCAUGGGGACUACUGGAUUGUAGAUAGACUAUUGAGACAUGUAUCAUGAUGACGUCAUAAAGAAAUCCUAAAUUGGUUAGAUUUGGAUAAAAUUUGUACUGCUGGCCCUCCUCUGAAAAUGAGAGGAAAUGUUUUCUGACUCUGUUUUGGGCCCAUAUCAUACUAGAACAGUAAGAGUGACAUAUUUUAAAUGUUGUUCUUCAAAGAGUGUAGAGUACUAGAGUGGACAUCUAACUACAUGGCGACAACAAUGAUAAAGGCAAUUUAACUGUAUGUAUGGACUAGGAUAGCAUCCCAACUAUCUACAAUGGAUUGUUCAUGAGAUUGCUAUAAGGAUUGUCCAUGAUACCAGUAGGUAGAGAUGGCCAAACGGGCCGCCCGGCCCGGGCCCGGUGAAGCCCGACCAAAAACCGGGCCGGGUCUGCUGAGUCAGCGGGCUUAAUUUUCUGUCCAAGCCCGACCCACACUGGGCCUAAACGGGCCGGGCCGGCCUGUUUAGCACGAAAAAAACGGGCCGAAAAGCGGGCUAAACGGGCCGGUAAGCACGUUUUAGUGUAAAAAACGGGCUUAACGGGCUUAGAGGUAAACGAGCCGUGCCAGGCUAGCCCGCCGUGCCUAGUUUCCUAUCAAGCCCGCCCGCUUAUUCUACCGUGCCGGGCUCGGACCGGGCCCAAAAAACGGGCUUCGUGCCGGGCUCACGGGCCUCGUGCUUUUUGGCCAUCUAUACCAGUAGGGUACGUACAAUCCGAUUGUAUUUAUAUUCUAGUAUGAUUGUAUGUGGACUCUUAAGUGUCUCUUGUACUUAGAAAACCAAACCUUCAAACCGAUUGUGCGGUCACACCUUGUCCCCCAACUCCCGCCCGGAUCUCCAUCGCCACGCACUUCUCUGCUACUGAUCUUUAGCCAAAACAAUGCCGCGGAUGACGUGGCUAUGAUUUCCCAAGGCAACAAUAUCCACUUGAGCCAGUUCCUUGUCCAGAAGCUGAACCAUCCACUGAUCCACCCGAAAAGCGCGCUAUUUUUAUACGGCCACCACCAGGUCAGCAAGGCAGCCGGCGCCUAGUUCUCUCCUCCAUCGCAACUCCCACGACCCUUUUCCAAGUCUCGCCUCCACGGCUCGUCGGCUCCAUCCCUAUUCCUCUCGAGUCGCCUCCGUCCCCUUUGUUCACCCCAGACCCCACGCGUGUGGCUUUGAAAGAGCACCCUCAUGCAUGGUCUGGCCGGUUGAAUUGAAGGAGAACUGGGCGACCGGCGGUUAUCCAACUGUCUCUAACCGGAUAGAGAAGAAAGUGCUCCACUCUCCAGACAAGGUACCGAACUCCCCUCGCAUUGCGCGUGUCGAAUUUUUGCAAACUGCAUGGGGGCUGGGGCGUCGAGCGUGGUGGCGCCGGACGGGUACGGCCGGGGGUGGGGGCAGACGUCGCUGGGCGACAUGCCGGAGAGCUGCAUCGCGGCGGUGCUGCUCUACCUCGGCCCGGCUGAGAUCUGCCAGGUGGCCUGCCUCAACCGGACGUUCCGGGACGCGGCCUCCGCCGACUGCAUCUGGGCCGCCAAGUUGCCCUCCAACUACAGGUACCUCGCCGCACUCGCGGCCGCGGCCGACGACGACUGCGCUUGCGAUGACGCGGCCGAAGGCAGUGGCAGGUGCUGCUCCUCUGCGGCGAUCAAGAAGGAGGUAUACGCGCGCCUCUGCCGGCCCACCCGGUUCGACGGCGGCACCAAGGAAUUUUGGAUCGACAAGAACAAGGGAGGUUUCUGCAUGUCCAUCUGCUCAAAGGCUAUGUCGAUCACAGGGAGAGAUGAUCGGAGGUAUUGGAGCCACCUAUCCACAGAGGAAUCAAGAUUUCACGGCGUCGCUUAUCUUCAGCAGAUUUGGUGGCUUGAGGUCGGCGGGGAGAUUGACUUCUGCUUUCCUGCCGGUUCAUACAGCCUAUUCUUCCGGCUACGUUUGGGCCGACCGCACAAGCGGAUGGGCCGCCGAUGCCAUGGCUCCGAGAAUAUCCACGGUUGGGACAUCAAACCGACACGGUUCCAGCUUUCAACCUCAGAUGACCAGCACACUACAUCUGAGUCUCACCUAGUUAACCCUGGAAGAUGGACCCUUUACCACGUCGGUGAUUUCAUCGUAUCGAGUUCAGACGAGGUGACGGGACUCAAGUUCUCUAUGAUGCAGAUCGACUGUACGCAUACAAAAGGCGGCCUGUGUGUUGAUUCAGUCUGUAUAUACCCCAAAGAUCUCGGAUAUGAGGACUGCGUGUUCUGCCAGAAAGUUUUGUAAGAGCGCUUGAGUUUCUUGGCUAGACUUUUUUUUCUUCUUUUUCGGGUCAUUCUUGUCCAAAAUGGUAGUGCGCAAAAAAAAAAAUCCCUGAGGACCCGUUUGUUUCGUUGGAAUUGAAUUCCAUUUUAAUAAUUAUAAUUUAGACAAAACUAAUUAAGUUUAUAUAUUUAUAUAUGUAAUAUAUUUGUAUAU